UCUAAUUUUAAUUCUAGGAUAUAUAACGUUUAGAUAACUAAUGAGUGCUAAGUAUUGAAAAGUGUUAUAUAAAAAUGUCGACCAACAAAAAAUACGGUUUGAUACUUCCAGAAACCUCAAAAGCACAACCUACGUUUAAAGCCUCACAUAAUGUUUUCGGAAACGAUUCCGAUUCUGACGAGGAUACUAAAAAGAAGCCUGUUCUAUUACGUCCGAGUGAUAAUAUCAAACGACAGACUAGAAUAGCACAAGAAAAAGCAAUUCUUGAAGAUCCCACAGUUUAUCAAUAUGAUGAGAUUUAUGAUUCCAUGGUCAUACAAAAGGAGAGUAAAGAUGUAAAAACUAAAGAAGAGAAAAAACCAAAAUAUAUUGAGAAUUUAUUAAAAACAGCAAACAAAAGAAAAAUAGAAAAUGAGCGUAGAGUUGAAAGACAGAUUCAAAAGGAGAGAGAAAAGGAGGGAGAGGAAUUUGCUGACAAAGAAGUGUUUGUGACAUCAGCUUAUAAAAAGAAAUUGGAAGAAUUACGCUUGGAAGAAGAGAAGGAAAAAAGGGAAGAGUAUUUAGAAAAAAUUGGAGAUGUGACUAAACAGCAAGAUCUAGGCGGUUUCUAUCGACAUCUAUAUGAACAGAAAUUAGGUUCUAGUAAACAAGAUAAAGAACUUAUAACCGCAGAAGAAGAAAAGGAUAGUGUUUUCAAGUCAAGCAAUAAAAAAGAUAAUUCCGACCUAUCAAAUAAACGAAAUUACAGAAAACGGAAAUCUUCUCAUGAAUUAAAAUCUGAUGGUGAAAUAGAAGACUCUGAUGAUGAAGUAAAUCGCAAUUGUCUUGUCAAGAAAAAAUCGAAAAAAGCAUAUGAAAAUAUUGAUGCAGAUUCUGACUUUUCUAUUGAUGAGUCAAGUGAUGAAGAAUCAAAACCUAAAAAUCAGAAUAGUGAAAAGGAAUCUGAAGAUACAUUCAAAAAACCUUCAGCAAAAGUUGAUAAGUUGGAGGCACCUAACAAUGUUUCGGAUGAUAUUUCUAAAGUGCCUAAAAUAAAAGAGAAAGAAAUCAAACCUAAAAUUGAUAUUUGGAAAAAGAGAACAGUUGGUGAGGUAUUUGAAGAGGCUUUACAGAGAUAUUAUCAAAGAAAAUCGGCUAGAGGUGCUUAACUCUUAAUUAAAGACAAUUCAAAUAAAUACACAUUUUUAUUA